AGUAACGCGCGCACGUUGAGACGCUUAAACGUAUCUUAUUAAAUUCCUCUCUGAUUCUAUCAAUAAUUAAAAUGCGGGGGUCUCUUUGGAUUCUUCUCGUUGCGAUCGCGACGGUGAUCGCCGAAAACGACGAAUCCUGGACCUGGCGCGACGAUAAACAGAAGCUGACAAGCAGAUCCGCCGACGCCAGGUAUCAAGUGUACGAGCCUCUGGAAGGUUUCGAAAACAAUGGCGUUCAUUCAGGCUUCCGGCCUCAAAACCCAGGGCCUUACGGUCCUAAUGGCGGAUCCCUCGUGCCGGGAUAUCAAGGUAACAAUGGUGUUCUCGUGGGUCCCGGUGGACCAACAGGAAUAAUUGGCAGACCGCCGCGUUAUGACCCGCAUGGACCCGACGGUAUCCUAGAUUCGGUGCCACCCUGGAUCAGAGGCGAUUCUCGUUAUCGCGAGUUCGACACCUGCAAGUGCAGAUACAGCUUCAAUUGUCCGUCACCCGGCUUGAAAUUCGGUUACUGCUCCAGGAACAAAAAGUACUGUUGCUUCAACAGCAAAAGAUUCCCAGGACUAUUGGAAGGACAGAAUUAUCCAUAUUAUCCCGGUACGCCGCAUAAGUACGGACCGAGCGGUUUCGCGCCGACGUCGAAUUAUUACGGCAAUCGAAGACCGUACGGAGGUGGCUACCAGCAUCCGUCUUCCGGUGACUAUUAUCCGGGACCCUACGGCGGAGCUUACGGUCACCGUAAUGAGUUCGAGCCAUACGGCUACGACGGGGAACCCGACGAUUAUGCGAUCUACGGGCGGUCGUUGGGCAAAAAUCGGACGCUGGAGGCGAAUAACGAGCGGAAGCUGAAGACGAACGAGGAGAUCAAGAAGCGGUGAUUAUUUACGCGCAACAAUGUGCGUAACGAUAAUAUUCUCGAUCGUUUCGCUCCCGAAAUACGGGGGAUGCCAAAGAUGCGACUGAGAGAUACAAAAGGUUUUCCUUCCUCUCUAUCUGUCUAAUUGGAUAAUGAUGCAAAUCGAAUAUUUCACGUAUACGAUUUAUUUGAAUAAUUUAUUGAGUAUAGAAGUAUUAAUAACGCGUCCGAAUUAAUUGAAUGUUCUUUUGGAAAUAUUUUAGAAUAGGUGCUCUUUGAGUGAGAGCAACAGGAUUUAUAUUUUUGGAGAAAUAAAUUAUUUGAAUAUAUGUAUUUUUGUUAACCCUCUUGUCGCGAUGAAAGGAUGUUAUAUAAAAUGUUCUUUUUUUGGAAAUAUAUUUUAGAAUGGGUUCUCCUUAUA